CCAGACCAGCUGCAGUUCAACCUGAGACGGUCAUCUCUGCUUCUCCAACAUGAGCAAGGGCUGCCAGACCCAGGGGCCGCUCUCCGAGCUGGAGAAAGCCAUAGAUGUCAUCAUCGAUGUCUUCCACCAGUUCUCGAGACGGGAGGGGGACAAAGACACCCUGACCAAGAAGGAGCUGAAGCUCCUGAUUGAGAAGCAGCUUGCCAACUACCUGAAGCACGUGAAGAAUCAGGCCUCUAUCGACCAAAUCUUCAGGGACCUCGACGGCAACAAGGACCAGCAGCUGAGUUUUGGUGAAGUGAUGCUCCUGAUCAUGCGGGUGACCGCCGCCACCCACGAGCACCUCCACUUCUGUGAGGACCACCAGCACCAGCACCAGCACCACCACUAAGGGGGGUUGAGCUGAAGGCAGCCACCCAGAGCUCUGAGCUCCUGCUUCCCCUUCCAACCCUCUGCCCCCCAUUCCUCCCACCCCUCUCCUCCCCCCUCCCAC